CCCUAUGAAUUGCGUGCAGUCCAGAAAGACUUAGCAGGUGUGGAAGAGAAAGGGGGAGGCAGCCCGCCUCUGGUGUGACAGCCAGGGACAACUGGCAGUGGCCACUCAUCAGAGGCAAAGUAGCCAGGCACAAGCAGCAGCAUAGACUGCUUUCAGCAUAGACUGAAAGAACUAUGGCCCAACAAGAAGAGGAUGAAGACAUCACCCUGGGGAAGAUGGACUCCCGGGAUCCCCUCACCAAAGAGAUCGAUUUGGUGGAACGAGACCCCAAACAGAUCAACCAAGAUGUGGUCAAGGUAGACUUUGAAGACGUGAUCGCCGAACCAGAGGGCACCCACAGCUUUGAUGGGGUGUGGAAGGCCAGCAACACCACCUUUACAGUCAGCAAGUACUGGUGCUACCGGAUUCUGUCGGGGGCGCUGGGCGUGCCCCUCGCCUUGCUCUGGGGCUUCCUCUUUGCCUGCGUCUCCUUUUGCCACAUUUGGGGGGCCAUGCCUUGCAUCAAGAGCUACCUCAUCGAAGUGCAGUGCUGCGGGCGCUGUUAUGCCUUAUGCAUACGUACCUUCUGCGACCCGCUCUUUGAAGCGGUGGGGAAGAUCUGCAGCGAUGUCCGGGUCGCCCUGCGCAAGGAACGCACCAAAGACUGAGGUUCCCUUCUGGACCAAGACAGGGCUCCAGGGUCAUCUUCCUCUCUUUCUCUACCAGUGUUUGGCUAAGAUCCAACCUCAGGUUCUGUUCUUUGAAGCCACACAUGAUAAAAGUGGGAGCUCUCUGGCAGAGAAAACAAAGCCAUGUACUCCCUUGUCCUCAUAAAUAGCUCUACUCUCCUUUAAGACACUGGUGGCCUGAGCUGCACAAUACUAAUUACAUUGAUAACAGACAACCAGAAGAAUCUGGUGCAAACAUCUUCCACAAUCCUUCCCAAAAUAAGCUGCUGUUCUUUUCAUGGGCGCUUUGGACAGAUUUUCUAAAUGGGAUCAGACCCCACUCCUAGAUAUGUCUUCCCUCCAACCACUCUAAAUGGUGCUUAACCAUCUAUUUCCUUAGGCAAUUACUUCAUAGAAGGGGGUUUACAGACCCAAGGCACUGUUUCUGAUAAUGGGACUGUCUUGCUAUAUACCCAACAAUUUUUCACUCCUACCGUCAUCCACCUUGCUAUACCAUAUCCCUGGAAUACCAUCCUUGUCAAGGAAGGAAAUGACAACAAGGCUACCCAAUUAACACUGUUUGGUCCUGUAAGAUAUAGGGCUAGCAUUGCUAUGGCAAUCAAAUCCAUAUUAAAGAUGUUUUUCCCGAGAGUGAACACAAGAUUUGUCUCUGUCUCUUUCAACCAUAGCAUACAACCUCUGCUAGGUGAUAUGCAGUUAGGUUGUCCUGGCAGCUUUUCUCCAGCUUUUAAGAAGAUAAUCAACAGUGCUCAACUGUCAGUCUGCCCCAAGGCCUUAUAUUACACUCACAAUUUGGGGUGUGAGUGCUAUUCCCAGUGAGCCUGACACUCCAUCAUAUUGUACUUGACUUUCUUUUUUCAUACCUUAACAACUUGUAAGACCACCCCCACCAUUAAGCAUGUGCAAUUUUAAGAUUUAAAGAAAUUGGCUCCAAUAAAUAAAUAUUUUGAUGUGGUUCUUGUUCCUCUAAGGCGCCCCAACUAUUAUUCCAAAAGCCAUCAGCAACCUGCCAUUAAUUUUAAUUCCUGCCUUGAACUGAACAAUGACAAUUUUUGAAAACAAAAGCAGAACAGACGUGUAUUGUAUGAAAAUAAAAGGCAAGCAAUC